AUGCCUGCGCGUGCUUGGUGGGAGAAGGAGCCUGAGAUCAACUUGGAGGGAUGGGAAGAGGUAAGUGCCAGUGGUGAUUUUGGUGUCGGGUCGCUACCAAGCGCCGAAAGCAACACCUUGGUAUCUCCUUCCGAAAGCAACACCUUAGUGGAAUCACUGGAAUCUCCCUCUUUUGAUGCUUCUUCUCCCGAUGCUCUUCUAUCAGCACUUCCCUCCAAGUUAGGGGAUGCCGAGACGCAUCUGAUAUACACUAGCCGGGCUAUUGGCGACUAUCUUUGGCUUGCGAGCAUGGACGCCCAGCAUUACGGUGACGUGCUCAGCUCAGGCCGCACAACAAUUCACGGCCUCAUGGGCAAGACCCUGAAGAGCAUGCUAGAGAUCGACCGGAUGAUGGAACUAGUCAGGAAGGGGUACAAUCACUUUGGAGAGGAAGCCGGCGACCUUGGCGGGCGCAUAGAGCUGAUCGAGAACUGCAUCACCGACUUGUCGGAGCAGUGGAUUCAGCUGGCCGUCUUGUGGGACUCUGUCGUGGCCGCUGGCCCGAGAUUGUUUCAAGACUUCUUAACUCACGGAGAGGCUGUCGAUAUCGCCGCCCGCCUUCACCGCGGUAUUGGUAUUUCUAUCAGCGACUGUACGCAUGUCAGGGGACCCAAUGACGAGUUUGACUGA